AAAACUGCGAGAGAGCGAGUGGCGAUAGAAGGGAAUAGCAAAGCCGCGCUGGGGGCGGCCAUUUUAGGAGUAUCACGGUUGCAGAAUACAUCUUCUGAAAUUGUUUUUCUUGAGAGAGCUAUAUAUUUUAUUAUAGGCGAGGAUAUAAGAAGGUUGUUUUUAUUUUCCCGUGUUGUAAUUCGAAUUUGGGAUGCAGAUCAGAAGGUAUAAACAUUUUGCAUCCGUUGUCGGACUGGUCCUCGGACUAUUAUGUGCGGUGGAGGCAGCUAAAGUUAAUAAGCACAAGCCAUGGAUCGAGACGACGUAUCAUGGCAUCGUAACAGAAAAUGACGACAAAGUACUUCUGGACCCUCCACUUAUCGCCCUGGACAAAGACGCCCCACUGCGCUACGCAGGUGAGAUUUGUGGCUUCAGGAUCCAUGGGCAGAAUGUUCCCUUUGAGGCAGUGGUCCUGGACAAGUCCACGGGUGAGGGAGUCAUUCGAGCUAAGGACAAGCUGGACUGUGAACUCCAGAAGGAGCACACCUUCACCAUCCAGGCCUAUGACUGUGGAGAGGGCCCCGACGGAGCCAACAUGAAGAAAUCUCACAAGGCCACUGUCCACAUCCAAGUGAACGACAUCAACGAGUAUUCCCCAGUGUUCAAGGAGAAGUCCUACAAAGCCACGGUCAUCGAGGGUAAGAAGUAUGACAGCAUCCUGAAGGUGGAGGCAGUGGAUGCCGACUGCUCAUUCCAGUUUAGCCAGAUCUGCAGCUACGAGAUCGUCACCCCAGAUGUACCCUUCACUGUUGACAAGGACGGCUUCAUCAAGAACACAGAGAAGCUGAACUACAGCAAAGAGCGCAUGUACAAACUGACGGUGACUGCCUACGACUGUGGGAAGAACCGCGCCUCAGAAGAUGUGCUGGUCAAGAUCAACAUUAAGCCCACCUGCAAGCCCGGCUGGCAAGGUUUCAACAAGAGGAUUGAGUACGAGCCUGGCACAGGCAGUCUGGCCCUUUUCCCCAGCAUGCACUUGGAGACCUGCGAGGAGCCAAUCACCUCCAUCCAGGCCAACAUCGAGCUGGAGACCAAUCACAUCGGAAAGGGCUGCGACCGAGACACCUACUCUGAGAAGUCCCUGCACAAGCUAUGCGGCGCCAGCGCUGGCACGGUGGAAUUACUGCCUGCACCAAGCAGCUCUGCCAACUGGACGGUGGGUCUGCCCACAGACAAUGGGCAUGACAGCGACCAGGUGUUUGAGUUCAACGGCACGCAGGCCAUCAAGGUGCCCGAGGGUGUGGUGAGCACCAGCCUGAAGGAGCCCUUCACCGUCUCUGUGUGGAUGAGGCACGGCCCCGGGGCCAGGGAGAAGGAGACCAUCCUCUGUAACUCGGACAAGACCGAAAUGAACAGACACCACUACUCCCUCUACGUCCAUAACUGUCACCUCAUCCUGCUGCUGCGUCAGGACCCCGCAGAGGCGGAGAACUACAAACCAGCUGAGUUCCACUGGAAACUGGACCAGGUGUGUGACAAAGAGUGGCACCACUACGUGCUGAACGUGGAGUUCCCCUCCGUGGCUCUCUUUGUAGAUGGGGCCACCUUCGAGCCCUUCCUGGUCACCGAAGACUACCCCCUGCACUCCUCCAAGAUUGACAUGCAGCUCACUAUCGGGGCCUGCUGGCAAGGCGGCAACGCUCGCAUGUCCCAGUUUUUCCGGGGGAAUCUGGCCGGCCUGAUGAUCCGGUCGGGAAAGCUGGAGAACAAGAAGGUGAUCGACUGCCUGUAUACCUGCAAGGAGGGCCUGGAUGUGCAGCUGCCUGAGGAGGUGGCCUCAGCCGUCAAGGUGGCGUUCAACCCCAACCAGUCGUCGCUGACCGUGGAAGGCGAUGACAUUGAGGCUUUCGACAAGGUCAUGCAGCACAUCUCCUACCUGAACUCACGCCAGUUCCCCACCCCCGGCAUUCGACACCUCCGCGUCUCCACCACCGUCAAGUGCUUCAAUGAGGAGACGUGCAUCUUGGUACCGGAAGCGGCGGGAUACGUGAUGGUGCUGCAGCCCGAGGAGCCCAAGAUCAGCCUGAGUGGCAUCGACCACUUUGCCCGCGGCGCUGCAGAGUUUGAGAGCCCUGAGGGUGUGACUCUGUUCCCCGAGCUGCGCAUCGUCAGCACCAUCACCCGCGAGGUUGAGGCUGAAACCGAGCCAGAGGCCACAGAGGCCACAGAGGGGGCAGAGGACGACCCCACAGUUCAAGAGACGGUAGUGUCGGAGGAGAUCAUGCACAACCUGGACACAUGUGAGGUGACGGCACUGGGCGACGAGCUGGACGGAGAGCAUGAGACCUUGGAGGUAGACCAGGCCCAGGUCCAGCAGCGCGGCCUGGAGAUGACCUCCUCCAACCUGGGUCUCGUCCUGACAGGCGUCAACACCAUGGCCAACUAUGAGCAGGUCCUGCACCUGAUUCGCUACAAGAACUGGCACACAGAGGCUCUCUUUGACAGGAAGUUCAAGCUGUUCUGCUCCGAACUCAACGGCCGCUACAUCAGCAACGACUUCAAGGUCGAGGUCAAUGUGAUCCACACAGCCAACCCCAUGGACCAUGCUAAUAAUGCCAUGGUGCAGCCCAAUUUCAUCAACCCAGUGCACCACGCCUCUGUGGACCUGUCCGGACACAACCUGGUCAACGCUCACCAGGCUUCAGUGGUCCCCAGCGCCGCCACCAUCGUCAUUGUGGUGUGUGUCAGCUUCCUGGUGUUCAUGAUCAUCCUGGGCGUGUUUCGGAUCCGGUCAGCCCACCAGCGCACCAUGAGGGACACAGAGGGCGGCAAGGAGAAUGAGAUGGACUGGGAUGACUCGGCCCUCACCAUCACAGUCAACCCCAUGGAGACUUAUGAGGACCAGCACAGCAGUGAGGAGGAGGAAGAAGAAGAGGAGGAGAGCGAGGAAGGCGAGGAGGAAGACGACAUCACAAGUGCUGAGUCGGAGAGCAGCGAGGAUGAGGAGGCCGGAGAGCCAGAGGACCAGCAGGGUGCCAGCAGACAGCAGCAGCUGGAGUGGGACGACUCCACACUCACCUACUAACAGACACACACACAUACACACACUCAUACAUUUUUACAUGCACAUGCAAACACACACUUCUUACACACACAAGCAACACA